UUCAGUGUCUCACGAAUCAUCGAUCAGUGUAGUGUGUUUGUUCGCGUUGUUGCUCCAAAAGAGAUAAUUUUUUUAAUAUUUAUUUAAUUAUUAAUAAUUUCAUUUAAAAAUAAAUGUUGUAAUAAAUAUUAUAUAAUAUUUAAAUAAAGUGUAUUAUUUGGCCUCGUGUUUGAGGUCUCUUUGGUGAUUGAUUUAAGGAGAUUUUUUUUUUAUUUUUUUUUAUUUUAUUUAAAAUAAACACGCAAGGAUGCAGCCGAGGAUAUACUACUGUAUUUUUGCUUGUGCAGCCGUCAUCUUCGUCGGGUGUAAUGCUGCCGCUUUAAAUGAGAAACAGUCAAAUUUGAAAGAUAAUAAACAAUCAGGGAACUACGAUUCCGUUGAUGAUUUAUAUCUGGAUGAUCAAGACGGUUUGGAUGGAUCUGGUCAAGUAGGUGGUGAAGUACGUGACGAUUUAGAGGCAUCAGGAAGUGGUUUUGGACCAGACGACGAGGACGGUGACGGUGGUCGAGAUUAUCCAACUAAUACUGUUGGUGGUGGUAGUGGUGGUACUGAUGGUGAUGGUAAUGGUGGAAAUGGUGCUGCUGGUAAGAGCAAAGUAAACUCAACACCAAAAACAACAGAUUCAAUUUACGUAGUGGAUCCACUCAACAAAGGUUAUCCAACACGUAUAGAUCCACCACCAAAACGACCAGUAGACGAGGACGAUAACGAUUCAAAAUUACCUGGUGGUGGUGGUGAUAUUGAUGGUAAUAAAAUCAGUGAAGAAGCUACCAAUAUUGGCGUUAGUUUAGACGACAAACGUCCAGCAAUGGAACAUGCUAGUUCAUUUUUUGCACAACCAGGUGUUCUUGCUGCUGUUAUUGGAGGUGCAGUUGUUGGUUUACUAUGUGCAAUACUCGUUGUAAUGUUUAUCGUAUACAGAAUGCGUAAAAAAGAUGAAGGUUCAUAUGCACUUGAUGAACCAAGAAGAUCACCAGCUGCAGCAUCAUAUCCAAAACCUGGUGCACCACAUCACAAUCGUGAAUUUUACGCUUGAAGGAAUUAAUCAUAAAUAAUUUUAAUUAAACAAAAAAAAAACAAAACAAAAAAUUCAUUAAUUAGAUUAUCAUCUUCAUCAUCAUCAACAUCAUUAUCAUCACCAUCGUCAUCAUCUUCAUCAUCGUUGUCAUUAUCUUCUACACGGUUUUUAUGUGUGUGCCAAAUUGUUGGCAGUUUAAUAAAAACCGAUUAUAUUUGACCGAUUGAAGACACAAUGAUAAAGUUAAUAAGCAACAGCAACAGCAACAACAACAACAACAAAAACAAAUACAUUAUGCUGGAAACAAGCAAAGCAACACGUGAAAUAUAAAAGUUGAUAUCGUGAGAAUUAAAAUAUAAUAGCUAUUGGAAUUUUAAAUAUCGCUGUCAAAUAUUUAAUUAAAUUUAUUGACAUGUAUCCAAAGACGAGGAAAUCUUUUCUUUUUUUUUCUUGUUCAAUUUAAUUAAUAUUAUUAUUUCGAUUUUUAUGAGUCAAAAAAAUAAAAGUGCAUUCAUACAAAUGCACUUUGUAUUUUAAUGAUAUUAUAAAUCAUUUUUUAUACAAUCAUCAUAACUUUUUAUAAAAGUUAUUGAAUUUAUAAAUAUAUAUAUUUAGCAAAAGGCAAAUUCCUCGUCUUGAAAAUAUGACAUUUAGCGAUAUUGUUAUAAAUAAAUUCCAAAUGCAUUUGUACGAGUGAUAGAAAAAAAAAAUGAAAAAAAGAAAAAAAAAAAUAUGCGUGUUGAUAUAUAGUAUGAUUGUGUGUAAUUUGUGUAUAGGACUGAGAGAAAAUUAUUGUGAAAAUCAACUGAAAGAAGAAAUUUUUUAAAUUAUAUUUUAAUGGAUUUUUUUAAUUAUUGUUUUUCUUUUCGUGGCGAAUAGAAAAAAAAUUAUGAACAAAGGGCUGACGAAUCCUCUUGUUUAUUGAGCGAUAAUAUAUAAUAAUAAAUAAUAAUAAAUAUUAAUAAUAGAUAACAGUAUAUUUGAUUGUUUAAUAAAAUAUAAAUAAAAUUAAAAAAAAAAAAAAAAAAAAAGUCAUUUUCCAUUUUUUCAAACUUUUUAAUAAUCACAUUUUGUCACAUUAUCUUGAUGAUGAGAUUUUAACAAAAUAUUGAGUUUGAAUAAGGGAAUGAUAAAUCAUUUUUAAAAAGCUUAAUUAUUCCAGCUAAUAAUUAAUAACUAUUAUUUAUUAUUUUAAUUAGUUAACGAGCUAAUUUUGAUAAUUUUUUUCGGUUUCAAAAAAGUAUAAAAUUCGUUGCUGGAAUUUUAGGUGUAAAAAAAAAAAUUUAUGUGUAAUCGCACACGAGUCUUGACAGACUUGAAAUUAAAAAAUAUAAAUUUGCCAUAUGAAUUAAUAAUAAAUUAAAAAAUCAAUAAUUAUGUAUACUCAAAAUGCCGGAGAAUUUUUUUUGUUUAAAUUGGAGAAAAAUAAUUUAGCACUAUGAUCUUUGUUAAAUGUUAUACGUCCAUUGGAAUAUUUUAUAAACAAUCAAUUUAAUUUUUAAAAAAAAUGUAAUUGACAAAAAUUUUAAAACGUCCAUUAAGACAUUUUAAUUAUUGCAAAAAAAGAAAAAAAAAUCAUUAUUUAUUCUUCGGCUAUUUGUUAAUAAAUAUUAUUUAUUAUUUUAUAAAAAAAAAAAAAAUAUUUCUUGCAUUUUUCUUUAUUUACCAGUGUAAUCGAUAAACCAAUUAUCGAAUUUUAAAAAAAUAUAAUAUAACAAAAAAAAAAGAAAAUAAACCA